GAUAAUGUCCGAAUUUUAGUUUUUAUAGUAUAGCAAUACGCUUCCGAACGGUACAUUAUAGAAGGUUUGUUUUUGUAGAUUAAACAAUGAAAGCAAAACUAAUAAUAAAAUAUUGGAAGAGAAUUCAAGAACAUAGAGCAACACAAUUAUAUAUUAGUAGUAGAUUAAUAUGGUUUGAUGCGUAUGAUAUAACUUAUCACUGUAUGUUCCAUAAUUUUCUAAUAUAAACGUAUGCUUUAUGAUUUCAACUUCAAAAUUAUAGCAACUUUAUCUUGUUUACUGAUAUGAACAUAUUGGUGUUUUAUAUUAUAUUAUCCGCUAUUACAUCUAAAGCAUAUGGCGAUGAAAACAAGUUGUGGGGGAUUGAAGGAAAUCGAAUAAAACUCUCAGCACCCACAGGCCUGCUUAAAGUAACAAGUGUAGAGUCACUGAACUGGUUCUAUGGUAAUGGUACGAACGCUAACAAUGCUAUCGUUACCCUGGUAAAUCCCAAUAAAGAUCCUUUUUGUAUUGACGUCACUGAGCAAAGCUACGGAGAUUUGAUUAUAGAACAUGUGAACAGAACAUAUUCAGGAUAUUACACCUGUCAGGUUGUUGAGAAAGUUGUAUUUACAUCAUGGGUAUCGACUUAUUAUUUAGUUGUAUAUUAUAUGGAUCCUCCUACUAUAUCAACAAAUUGGAGUACUGAAAACAGCCACGCUACUUUCUUCUGCUUUUGGUCUAGAACCAAUCCAGAUAAACCGAUUGUAAAAUGGUUCCUUGAUGGCCGUGAACUCAAAUCUACAAAAAAUAAACUAAUGUUAUGUGAAGAGAAACGGAAAGCAACACUUGUUAUUCUUAAAAUAUCUGCAAAAGGUUUAGGGAAUUACACUUGCAGUAUUACUGUAAAUACAAAUAAGGGUGUUAUGAGUAAGAUUUCCAAAGGAUUAGUCCUACAUGUAACCGGUCUUCCGGUCAAGGUAUCCACUUACACAGUCCUCAUCGUUACAGCAGUUACAUCAUUCAUUCUUGGUUCUUUUCCAACUUGUCUAAUAUGCCACUGCGUCCGUAAAAGGCAUGAACGAGAAAGUCAUCACCAGUGUCAGAGGCAUCAGAACCAAGUGCUACAGUUGAGGUCUUUGCUCACCAGAGCUACCCACCAAAGUGACGAUGGUGCUGCAGCCAGAAACGCACCGAAUGUAGAAAAUGUACAUCCGCUCUAGGUUUGACGGUUUUAUUUCGGAUACGGGAACAUAAUGCGUAUAAAUACCAAGUGAAAUAAGAUGUAAUAAAUGCAAAAAUAGGCCUAUUUAAUUAUACAGCUGCUGUAAAUGGGUGUCUCCUGUAUUUGACUGAUUACUGCGUAUAAAAGAGGAAUUGGAUCAUGGAAAUAUAUUUGCCAUCAUGGUUAGGCUUGAUCUGACAAAAUUUGAUUGUAUGACCCGCAAGGUAUUGAUGUUACUAAAGAGGUAGUGAGUUGGCUGAUUUCAUAUUUAAAGGUAGAAUGGUACCAUUUCAGACUGGUGCUGGUAAUGGGUAUUUGUAUUGCGCCUUUCCCUUGUGGUUAUGAAGCGGUGGAUAUAAAAUGUGGGGGUCCCCAAGGUAUUUUUGGCCAUUUAUUAUUUUAGGCAUUGUAUGUUAAUGACGUGAAGGCAGCAGUAAAAGUUAAGUUGUUGUUGUAUGCUGACGAUUUUGCGUUGUUAAGUAAAGGUAAAGAUAGGAAUGAAAUUAGAUUGGUAUUAAAUGAAUAACUCACUGAAGUUAAUAAAUGGUUAGUAGAUAAUAAUUUUCUUCUCAUUUAGAUAAGACAGAAUCAUAUUUGGAACACGGGUAAACUCAAAUCUAUACUAUGAACAUUAUUUGUAAUAAUACUCAAUUCAGACUAUAACCUCUAUAUUAUAUAUUGUGAUGGAAUUAGACCAUCAUAUUGUUACAGGUGAAAUGGCUAAUAGAGAUAUUUAUAAAGUAAAUUCUGGGAUUAGUUUUUACUUAGAAAUGCUAAAUAUCUAGAUGAGAGAUGAGUACGGUACGGACAGUUGAAUUACUCAGUUAUGGUAGAAGAAGACAUAGGUGCUUUUUGGUACUGUACAGUAGCCUAACUAAGAAAUAACUAAAUCCAAAUAACAAAUUUGCCAAAAUACCAAAAACGGUUUUGAAACUUCUCUCUCGUACCUGAAUCAUGCUCAUUUCAAUCAAUUAAAAUGG